CGCAAAAAUCUCUUAAAAUUAGAAUUUGGAACACACAACACAAUGAACUUUUUGUGUUUCUCGUUGUUCAAUCUUUCUCUUACGAAAAUCUUAAGGAGGGAGCUUCCAGGUAAUUAAAAGAAAUAUUAUUUAAAAAGGAACAUCCAAAGAGAUUAUGGCGGAUGAGGGGCAAUCCUCGCAGAAUUCACCUCCCUCCUCCGACAACAACAACAAUCAACAGCAAUCUCCUCCUUCUCCUAACUCUUCCUCCUCCUCCUCCCCUCCUUCACCACCUUCUUCAGACUCACAAUCUCCACCAUCGCCACAAAAAGGAAGCAAUAACAACAACAAUGGUGGAAACAAUGACAACAACAACAAUGGUAACAACAACGGCGAUGGCAACAAUGGUAAUAACAACAGCGAUGGAAAUAAUGGUAACAAAAGCAAUGGCAAUAACAACAACAAUGAUGGCAACAAUGGUAAUAACAACAAGGGGAAUAACAAUGACAACAACAACAACAACAAUGGGAAUAAUAAUAACAACAACAACAACAAAAACAAUAACGGAGGAAGCAACAACCGUUCGCCUCCUCCUCCUUCUAGAAACUCCGGCCGUAACUCUCCUCCCUCACCGAAAUCUCUGUCUCCUCCUAAAUCAAGCCGUGGUGCCUCUAAGUCAUCAUCAUCACGUAACGAUACACCCAACACUGGUGCUAUUAUAGGAAUCGCAGCUUCUGCUGGAUUGUUGCUUCUUGUCUUGAUCUUGUUCUGCUUCUGUUGUUGUUGUCGUAAGAAGAAAAAGAAGAAGAAUCAAAUGCCUUACUAUACAAGCAACGGUUUCAACGGUGCGAGUGGUCAAUACCAACAACAACAAUACAAUAACCAAAGCGAUCAUGUAAUGAACGUCGGGAACAACAACUGGAUGAAUUCACCUCCUCCACCGCCUCCUGGUGGAACCUGGCAACCAUCGCCACCACCAGCAAUGCCCGUCUCAGGCGGUGUAAACAGCAGCGACAUGAGCUCAAACUACUCAGGCCCACACGGUCCAGCUCUACCACCACCACACCCUUCGGUAGCUCUAGGUUUCAACCAGAGCACAUUCACCUACGACGAGCUAGCCGCAGCGACUCAAGGCUUCUCUCAAGCGAGAUUGCUAGGGCAAGGCGGGUUCGGGUAUGUUCACAAGGGGAUACUUCCCAAUGGGAAAGAGAUCGCUGUGAAGAGUCUCAAAGCAGGAAGCGGACAGGGAGAGCGGGAGUUUCAGGCUGAGGUGGAUAUCAUUAGUCGAGUUCAUCAUCGGUUUCUUGUGUCUCUUGUUGGUUAUUGUAUUGCAGGAGGGCAGAGGAUGUUGGUUUAUGAGUUCUUGCCUAAUGACACGCUUGAGUUUCAUCUCCAUGGUAAAAGUGGUGUCAUUCUUGAUUGGACUACAAGGCUCAGGAUUGCUUUGGGAUCAGCUAAAGGGCUUGCUUACUUACAUGAAGAUUGUCAUCCGAAAAUCAUACAUAGAGAUAUUAAAGCUUCAAACAUUCUUCUUGAUGAAUCCUUUGAAGCCAAGGUUGCAGACUUUGGGUUAGCUAAGCUAUCUCAGGACAACGUUACACAUGUGUCCACUCGUAUCAUGGGAACUUUCGGGUACUUGGCUCCGGAGUAUGCGUCAAGCGGGAAGUUGACAGACAGAUCAGAUGUUUUCUCCUUUGGAGUGAUGCUUCUAGAGCUCAUAACCGGACGCCGACCUGUUGAUCUUACUGGUGAAAUGGAAGACAGCUUGGCCGAUUGGGCAGGACCCUUAUGCAUAAACGCAGCUCAAGACGGAGACUACAGUGAACUAGCUGAUCCACGGCUCGAGGGUCAAUACGAGCCUAAUGAGAUGGCACGAAUGGUGGCUUGCGCCGCUGCAGCCGUUAGACACUCAGCUAGACGCAGGCCUAAGAUGAGCCAGAUUGUUCGGGCUCUGGAGGGAGAUGCAUCACUAGAUGAUCUAAACGAAGGAGGGAAACCUGGUGGACAGAGCUCUAACCUCGCGAGGGGAUCGAGCUCGGACUAUGACUCGAGCACUUACAGUGCGGACAUGAGGCAGUUCAGGAAAACGGCGCUGGACAGCCGGGAAUACGGUGCGAGCAGUGAGUACGGAAACACGAACGAGUUCGACCAGCGACGAAAUUAGUAGAGGAGUAGCUAACAACAACAUAACAACUCCUAGACAAAGAGCUUUGACUUAGCUUUUAGAUUCAAACAAACAAACCAACCAACCUUUCUCUGUUUAUGUUUUUGUUUCCUUAUGAAACUUUUUUACAACUUUUUUUUAUUUUUAUUUUGUCAGCUUCUGACCGUUGUACAUUUAUGUUUGUGUCUGUAUGAAGAAAAGAUAGAAUCUUUUUGAUUGUGAUUAAUUGAUUAUUAAUGCUAAAUGUCUCUAAGCUAAUGUUUCAAAACAUGAAAUGAAUCAAAUCAUCUCAGUUGAAUUCAGAUUAAAAGUUUCUAACUUUUCUUGAUCCCUUAUCUCUACAUCGUCUUUUUUAAUGAAUCAAAUCAUGAAAAGCUUCGAACUUUUAAUGAUCCCUUCUAAGCUGAAGACUAAUGAAUGAUAAAGAAGCAGAA